UUCAUGUAUCAAAACUGCGGAGAAAAUGUUUGAUAAAAUUCUCCACUGAACUUAGUUCUUAAAUAGUCUAAAUAUUACGCCAAUUUGGUUUCGACUCCUUUAUAGCAUCCACUUGAAGCACCUCGUACUGAAGCCUGCCAUUGUGGGAAUUCUCAAGUUUGUUUCUUUUGCUCAUUUUCGAAUUCUACAAUGCAAAGGGUAUCCUCAAGAAUUUCGAGGACCAUAGCCUCUGUGGCCAGAAAUCUGUUACUCUUCAACGACCCUUCUACGCGCUCUUUCUCUACAAUUUCCAUCCGAGCAACUUCACAGAAAUUACAUCAGCCGGAGAUUCCGUGCGAUUUCCAGAAAUGGGGUUCGCUUGGAUUCUGCAGGACAUCAAGGUUCGCCACUGGGUUCAACCCUUUGCAACCUAAACCGUUGGAUUCUAUCGUAGAUGUCGAGAGACUGAAGGAUCGUUAUCCUGAGGAUAUCGCUUCUGUUUGGGAUGAUUAUCACAUAGGAAGAGGUCAUAUUGGAGCAACUAUGAAAGCAAAACUUUAUCACUUGCUGGAGCAUAGAGCUUCAGAAUGCCGAUAUUUUGUCAUUCCUUUGUGGAGGGGAAGUGGUUAUACGACAAUGUUUAUUCAAGUCCAGAUGCCACACAUUAUUUUUACUGGUCUUGAAGAUUACAAGGCCAGGGGAACACAGGCAGCUCCCUACUUUACUGUGUCCUUUUACACAGAAUUUGCAGAGAGCAAGGAUUUGGUACUGAUCCGUGGGGAUAUUGUAUUUACCAGCAAGUUGACUGACUCAGAGGCAAAAUGGCUUUUGGAAACUGCUCAGUCUUUUUAUUUGAAUGAUGUGAGGUACAAACUGGUUGAGAGGUUCAACAAAGAAACACGUGAUUUUGAGUUCAAGGAUGUCUUGCAAGCAUUGGACAUGCCUAAUAUGUAACCAUUUUUAAUUGGACACCCUGCUAAACUAAAUAACAACACUGAAGUAGAAGGGUUGAUUGGAGCAAAUAGAAGGGAAUAACAUGAGCUGGUAGGAGAGAGGUUUUUUCAUCUUUUGUAAUCAAAUUCUUUUUUAUUUAUUUGUCCUUCUUGGUAUAAGGAAGGAGACUUGGACUCAACUUUCUAUAUAGCCCUUGAUCCGGUGUUUAGUUAUUCUUU